ACAAAGGGCUGAGGGGAGCAGGAGUGAGCCCACAGCUCCAGAGCUGCUCCAGGAUGGAUGGGACACUCUGAACAUUCCCUCCCUCACCUCAGAGCUCCUCUGGCCCUGCUGUGGAGGGAGAAUGCACUGCAGGGUUCUCCUGCUCUGUCUGUUUGUGCCCAGGCUGCGUCCAGAAAAUGAGAGCACUGAGGAAGAAGAAACAAGAACCACCUGUGCAAAACAAGAAAAUCUACCCUUCCCUAUUCAUCCUCAGCUCAGGAGGGAGGAACUGUACGGUUUGUCCCUGGGAAAUCUGUUUGGAAAGCAAAGUACAUUGGAACCACAGCGAAUUUUCCUGCACUCCACAAUUCAAGGCUCUAUGGAUUAUCAAAGCAGGAACUGGUACUUCCAGACUGGCACCAAAGAGAAUAUUGUGACUGAACAUCAGCUCUGCAAAACAAAAGGAGGUUGGCUGCAGUUUGAUUUAUGUGGAGAGACUCAGGCAAAUUCUGCACCAGCCACAACAUUCAUUAUGCAAAGGGAAAGCGCCGGGCUGCUAACACAGGGAGCUGGGAAAACACGGACCGGAUUCCUGCUGGAGUCCGGAAUGGAGUCGGCAAAAGUGAAAAUUUGGACUAGAUUUCUCCAAGGUUCCGGAAUGGAGUCGGAAAAAUGGAAAACCCGGGCCGGAUUCCAGCCGGAGUCUGGAGUGGAGUCAGCAAAAGGGAAAACCUAGACCGGAUUCCAGUCAGAGUCCGGAAUGGAGUUGGCAAAAAUGAAAACCCAGACCGGAUUCCAGCCAGAGGCCGGAAUGGAGUCAGCAAAAGGGAAAACUGGGACCGGAUUUCCCCUGGAGUCCAGAAUGGAGUUGGCAAAUGAAGAAACCUGGACCAGACUUCCCUGGAGCCCGGAAUGGAGCUGGCAAACCAGAAAACCUGGACUGGAUUCCAGCCAGAGUCUAGAAUGGAUUUGGUAAAACAGAAAACCCGGACUGGAUUUUUCCCCAGAGUCCGGAAUGGAAUCAGCAAAAAUGAAAACCCAGACCAGACUCUUGCCAGAGUCAGGAAUGGAGUCGAGGGAAAGAAAAACUCGGACCCGGACCAGAUUCCGGCCAGAGUCUGAAAUGGAAUUGGCAAAAGGGAAAACCCA